ACGUCCAAUGUCCAAUGUCCAAUGGACCUAACCUCACUCACACACACUUCCCAGUGCGACAACGAUGGGGAGUGGUUCCAAAGCCAUGAGGACACCAUUUUCUCAAUCUCUUCAACCUCCUCUACUUUUCCCUGCCCUCCUAUUCUUUCUUUUCCCUUCCUUCUUUCCUAAUUUAGUUGCUGGAUCUCUAUCCGCCGUCGGAUAUGGAUACCGAAUCAGAUCCAGCCACGUCGAUCCCGCCGGAAAGUCGUUGACCGCCGAUCUUGACCUCAUCAGAACCUCCCCCGUCAAUGGACCUGAUGUUCCCAGACUUACCCUCCAAGCCACGUUUGAAACCAAAGAUCGGCUGAGAAUACGAAUAACAGACUCAACUCGUGAACGGUGGGAGAUUCCAGACCAGAUAAUUCCCCGUCGAUCGAGCUCCCGUAUCCGUUCCUUGCCGGAAAACCAUGUUGGCUCGCCUAGAACUUCUUUCAUCUCCGAUCCAGCUUCUGACCUCAUUUUCACUCUCCACUACACCGCACCGUUCGGCUUUUCCGUGCUCCGGCGAUCGUCCGGUGAUGUUCUCUUCGACACGUCGCCUGAUUUAUCGGAUUCAGAGACUUUUCUUGUCUUCAAGGACCAAUACAUUCAACUAUCUUCUUCGCUUCCUAAGGACAGAUCCUCUAUCUUUGGCAUUGGCGAGCAAACCAGGGAGUCGUUCAAGCUCAUGCCGGAUAAAAACAAAACUCUAACGCUUUGGAACGCCGAUAUUGGUAGUGUGAAUCUUGAUGUGAACCUCUACGGUGCACAUCCUUUCUACAUUGAUGUCCGGUCGCCGUCUGGAGAUGGUAAAGUUGCGGCAGGGACGACGCAUGGAGUUCUGUUACUGAACAGUAAUGGUAUGGAUAUUAUAUACUCUGGCCAUAGGAUUAUGUACAAGGUUAUUGGUGGAAUCAUUGAUUUAUACUUCUUUGCGGGUCCGUCGCCGAUUUCGGUGAUAGAUCAAUAUACGGAGCUUAUUGGGCGGCCUGCACCUGUGCCAUAUUGGUCGUUUGGUUUUCACCAAUGUCGUUAUGGCUACAAGAAUGUUUCUGAUCUUGAGAGUGUAGUUGCUCGAUAUGCCAAAGCCGGUAUACCUCUUGAAGUUAUGUGGACAGACAUUGAUUACAUGGAUGGAUAUAAGGACUUUACUUUUGAUCCCGUCAAUUUUCCCGCGGAGAAGAUGAAGAAAUUUGUUGAUAAUCUUCAUAAAAAUGGACAAAAAUAUGUACUCAUCUUGGAUCCUGGUAUUAGUACAAAUAAUACAUAUGGGACAUUCAUCCGAGGGAAAAGAGCUGAUAUCUUUAUACAAUACGACGGGGUCCCAUACUUGGGUGAGGUUUGGCCUGGACCUGUUUACUUCCCUGAUUUUCUUCAUCCAAACAGUGAGAAUUUUUGGGGUGGUGAGAUUCAAUUAUUUCGAGAUAUUGUUCCAUUUGAUGGUCUUUGGAUUGAUAUGAAUGAGAUAUCAAAUUUUAUUACUUCUUCAACUAGCCCAUUUUCUAACCUUGAUAACCCUCCUUACAUGAUUAAUAAUGCUGGAGUCCGACGUCCCCUUAACAAUAAGACUGUGCCAGCAUCAAUUCUUCAUUUUGGUAACUUGACAGAGUAUAAUACUCAUAACUUGUACGGUUUCUUAGAGUCAAAGGCUACUCAUGCCUCAUUAGUGAAAGUAACAGGCAAAAGACCAUUUGUUCUGUCAAGAUCAACUUUUGUAGGCUCUGGGAAAUACACAGCACAUUGGACUGGAGAUAAUGGUGCGACGUGGAAUGAUUUACGGAACACAAUUCCCUCCAUUUUGAACUUUGGACUCUUUGGAAUUCCAAUGGUUGGUGCUGACAUAUGUGGAUUUUCCGGAGAUACGACAGAAGAGCUUUGCGGACGUUGGAUUCAGUUAGGUGCAUUUUACCCAUUUGCCAGAGAUCAUUCUGAUAAAGGAUCCAUUCGCCAAGAGCUUUAUCUUUGGGAUACGGUUGCUGCAUCGGCCAGGAAGGUGCUUGCGCUUCGCUAUCGCUUACUUCCUUACUUCUACACUUUGAUGUACGAGGCACACAAAAAGGGGACACCAAUUGCACGCCCUCUCUUCUUCUCGUUCCCUCAGGAUAUCAAGACCUAUGGAAUCAACUCUCAGUUUCUACUUGGAGAAGGUGUAUUGGUUUCUCCAGUUCUGAAGGAGGGAGCUGUUUCUGUUGAUGCAUAUUUCCCUACAGGAAACUGGUUUAGCCUAUUUAACUAUUCAGAGUUAGUGGCUGUAAAGUCAGGGCAACGAAUCACUCUCGACGCACCUGCAGAUCAUAUAAAUGUGCACGUCAGGGAAGGAAACAUUUUAGCAUUGCAUGGAAAGGCGAUGACAACGCGAGCAGCCCGAGAGACUGCAUAUGAGCUAUUAGUAGUUGUCAGCAAUGAUCAAAGCAGCUUCGGAGAGGUUUUCUUGGAUGAUGGAGAAGUGGUGGAAAUGGGAGCAGAAGGAGGUAAUUGGAGUUUGGUAAGAUUUUAUAGUGAAGCAGUUGGGAGUAAGUUAGUAGUCAAAUCUCAGGUUAUAAAUGGAGGAUUUGCUUUGAGCCAAAAUCUGAUCAUUGACAAGGUGACUUUUGUAGGCUUUGAAAGGCCUAAGAAAAUGGUUGACCUAGGUUUAAAUAUAAGCAAGGGAGUAAAAUUGAAUGGAAAUUCAACCAUCAGAAAAACUUAUAAGUACUUUGCCAAGGUUAUGAAUGUUGAGAUCUCAGGCCUAUCCAUUCCUAUCUGGGAGGAAUUCAUGUUGGAGAUGACACCAAUAAGUUGAAUGUCCCAACAUGUUAUAGUAUGUUUUCUUAAAUAAAAGAAUUAUUGUUCAUCAAUGACAUGUAGGUAUUUCACAUGUAAUACUAAUAGUAUGUUUUCUCAAAUGAAAGUCUGAUUAGUUUGGAUAAGUACUUAAUAUCACAA